GCGUCGUUGUCUCCAGAGCAGGAGGAAGUGAAUGUACCGAUUUUUUUUGUUUAGAUUUCCCCCUAGUCAUCGUUGCCACUACUAGUUCAUCGUUAUCAUUCCCAGCCGUAACAUAUUCUCCCGUUGUUCUGUAGUCAUUUUUUAGCUCUGCAAAUAUGCCGUUGGAAAACCUGGAGGAAGAGGGUUUACCGAAAAACCCUAAUCUGAGAAUAGCUCAGCUGAAGUUUUUACUGACUCACAAACAGGAUGCUAAAGUGAAGAGCGAGCUGAUGGACGCCAUCAAACUCAACAAUAUGGCCCCAUACUAUGAAACUCUGUGUAAAGAUCUGAAAUGGCAGGCGGACACGGAUCUGUUGAGUAAGAUGAAGAAAGAAAAUGAGGACGAGCUGAAACGUCUGGAUGAUGUUUUGGAAGAUGCCGAGAAGAACCUCGGCGAGAGUGAGAUCAGGGAUGCCAUGAUGGCCAAAGCUGAAUAUCUCAUACGCAUCGGUGACAAGGAAGGGGCCCUGACUGCCUUCAGGAAGACCUAUGACAAGACUGUUGCUCUUGGUCAUCGCUUAGAUAUUGUUUUCUACCUGCUGAGGAUCGGCCUGUUUUAUAUGGACAACGACCUCAUAACACGCAACACCGAGAAAGCCAAAAGUCUGAUUGAAGAAGGUGGUGACUGGGACCGGAGGAAUCGUCUGAAGGUGUAUCAGGGUCUCUACUGCGUGGCCAUUCGGGAUUUCAAGCAGGCAGCGGAGCUCUUUCUGGACACUGUCUCCACAUUCACCUCGUAUGAGCUUAUGGACUACAAGACGUUUGUUACAUACACUGUGUAUGUGUGUAUGAUCGCACUGAAGAGGCCUGACCUGAGAGAGAAGGUGAUUAAAGGUGCUGAGAUCUUGGAGGUGUUGCACAGUUUACCUGCCGUCCGUCAGUACCUCUUCUCUCUCUACGAGUGCCGUUAUUCUGUAUUCUUCCAAUCAUUGGCUCGAGUGGAACAGGAGAUGAAGCAAGACUGGUUGUUUGCUCCUCAUUACCGUUACUAUGUUCGAGAGAUGCGCAUCCUGGCCUACAGCCAGUUACUGGAAUCCUACCGCUCCCUCACGCUGGGAUACAUGGCUGAAGCGUUUGGAGUCAGCACAGAGUUCAUCGACCAGGAGUUGUCACGAUUUAUCGCUGCUGGACGUUUACAUUGCAAGAUCGACAAAGUUAAUGAGAUUGUGGAAACCAACAGACCUGAUAGUAAGAACUGGCAGUACCAAGAAACCAUAAAGAAAGGUGAUCUCCUGCUCAACAGAGUGCAGAAGCUGUCCAGAGUGAUCAACAUGUAGUCCAGCAUGUGGCGAUUGAUCGAUACCCAUCUUUUCUUGAGAGCAACCUGUCUUUUGUUUUAUGUACAGUAUAUAAUAAAACUGAAUUGGAGGAAACAGAGUUUCUCUGUUGUGU